ACGUGCCUCUCAGUGUCUGCCGCGUCGGCAGCUGGAGCGAAGGCUAGGCGGCGGCGGUGGCUGCAGCUUUUGGGCAGGAGUGACUGCGGCCGCAGCGCUGGGCUGGGCAGAUGGCAGCGACGGCAGUGGCAGCGGGGACCGGAUCCCCGGCAGGGACCGAGUCGGCGGAGGGCGGCCCUGGGGCAGCGGCGGCGCUGGAGCUGUGGCUCAACAAAGCCACAGACCCAAGCAUGGCGGAGCAGGAUUGGUCAGCCAUCCAGAAGUUCUGUGAGCAGGUGAACACCGACCCCAGUGGCCCGACACAUGCACCCUGGCUACUGGCCCACAAGAUUCAGUCUCCACAGGAGAAGGAAGCCCUUUAUGCCCUGACGGUGCUGGAGAUAUGCAUGAACCACUGUGGGGAGAAGUUCCACAGUGAAGUGGCCAAGUUCCGCUUCCUGAACGAGCUGAUCAAAGUAUUGUCCCCAAAGUACCUAGGGGCCUGGGCUACGGAGAAGGUUAAAGGAAGAGUUAUUGAAAUCCUCUUUAGCUGGACCGUCUGGUUUCCGGAAGACAUCAAGAUCCGAGAUGCUUAUCAGAUGCUGAAGAAGCAAGGAAUCAUAAAGCAAGAUCCCAAACUACCGAUGGAUAAAAUCUUGCCCCCACCGUCUCCCUGGCCGAAGAGCAUCUUUGAUGCUGAUGAGGAGAAGUCAAAGCUUCUGACAAGACUUCUCAAGAGUAACCACCCUGAGGAUCUUCAGGCUGCAAACCGGCUGAUCAAGAAUUUGGUCAAGGAAGAACAAGAGAAGUCUGAAAAGGUGUCCAGGCGAGUCAGUGCAGUAGAGGAAGUCCGCAGCCACGUGAGGGUGCUUCGGGAGAUGCUGAGCAUGUACCGAAGGCCAGGUCAUGCCCUGCCCGACCAGCAGGCCCUGCAGGUUGUGUAUGAAAGAUGUGAGAAGCUGAGGCCCACCCUGUUCCGGCUUGCAAGCGACACCACUGAUGACGACGAUGCUCUGGCGGAGAUUCUUCAAGCAAAUGACCUUCUCACACAGGGGGUUCGGCUGUACAAACAGGUGGUGGAGGGCCGAGUUAGUGCUGGGAACGCAGUGCCUGCCGCAGUGGGAGCCAUUCCCGCCCCCAGAGCAUUCCCGAAUCCAGAACCCUGUGGGUUGAACUGUCCACUCAUUGACCUGGAGACGCCAUCUUUGCUUCAUCAGGACCUGGCAGCCUUAGGAAUCAACGAUGUUCCCACUAGGAACCAGGUUGUUAUUCCGAGUUGCUGUAAUGACAAGAAGCAGCCGGGUGCCAUCACACUCAUGGGGGGUGGAAUCCAGAGUCUUUCUGCAGACCGGAACCUGCUGGAUCUCUUCUCGCCACAGCCAUCUCCAGGACUGAAUUAUGUUCCACAAAAAAGCAUCCCCAAGGAGGUGCCACCAGGUACCAAGGCCUCUCCAGGUUGGUCCUGGGAGGCUGGGCCAUUGGCUUCUUCCACAGCCUCACAGAAUACACCUCUGGCUCAUGUGUUUGUCCCUUUGGAGUCUGUGAAACCCAGCAGCUUGCCGCCCAUUGUCGUGUAUGACCGGAAUGGCUUCCGAAUUCUGCUGCACUUCUCCCAGACUGGGGCCCCUGGCCACCCGGAUGUGAAGGUGUUGUUGUUGACCAUGAUGAGCACUGCCACCCAACCUGUCUGGGAUGUCAUGUUUCAGGUGGCUGUCCCAAAGUCAAUGCGAGUGAAGCUGCAGCCGGCAUCCAGCUCCAAGCUCCCUGCAUUCAGUCCUUUGAUGCCUCCAGCAGUGAUAUCUCAGACGCUGUUGCUCGACAACCCACACAAAGAACCUAUCCGGUUGCGGUAUAAGCUGACUUUCAACCAAGGUGGGCAGCCGUUCAGUGAAGUAGGAGAGGUGAAAGACUUUCCAGACCUGGCUGUCUUGAGCACCGCCUGACUUUUCAACCAAGACUCUUCAGUCACGCUUAGGCCAGCGUCCUUUUACUGUCUGGUCGGGACUUGUUGUAAUGUAGUGCAGAGUGCCAAGGAUUCUCUCCUGAUGUUAGGCCUUGAUUGCCAAUGUGUCUGUUGAUCAUGUAUGUGUGGGUGCGUGUGUGUUACUGGGGUGCUGGGGGAGGAGGGAGAGCUGGGCUUGGGAUUUGGGCAGUAUGGGGGAUGCUGACCACCUCUGAGAUCAUCUCUGCUGCACUCAUACCUGCUUCUGCAUGUUGGUUGACAAUGUUGCCCCUGCCUCGAGUUGGAGUUUUAUAAGCCAAAGUUUUUUCCAUGUAUUGUUAAUCUUUUCAUUCAUCCACUCUGUGCCUUGUCAGCCUUUGAAAGUCUUAGUUGCUCCCAGGCUGCUAUUCUCAGGGACCUUAGAAAGGGACCUGGUUGGUCUUGCGACAGAGAGUGUCUUCUGGGGCACACUCUUCCAAGAAUGGCCUUGUCUUCAUUUUUCAUUAGCAAAUGCUGCUUGCAGAUAUUCAGUAAGACCUUCUAAAUGGAAUGUUUGUUGUACUGGUUCAGGCAAGGGGCUUGCCAUGAAACCAGGAGACCACACUUGUUGGGCCAAUCAUGUCCUUCACUACAGUGCCUUAGAUACUCCCUUAGACGGACCCUCUUGAGGCCUUGCUCAGGCCUUGGGUUCUGUGGGUUGGGCAGCCUGUCUGGGCCCUUACUCAGGACCCACAAUGUCAUCUUCAUUCUUUCUGUUCACAAACAUCUCAGAGCUCUUUCAUUGUGACCCUGUGUUCGUUGUUGUGAAUCAUAGUUAAGGGGGGCCAGCCCUGAGCCCUCACAAUCCAAGGUGGGGAGCUGCGAUGCAGGUAGAGAGCCAUGUGGUGACUAAGUACAGAACAUCAUUGAAUAAAUACUGUGUUCAGAUCUGCCUGGUGUUGAGUCCACAGGGGAUGCAUUUAGAGGGGACAGGCUGGCGGGGAAUGGUUUUCUGUCAACAAGUGAGGACAUGAUGAGCAGUGUUCUGACGAGCUGAAGGAGCUGGAGAAGAGGGGUGGGUGUUUGCCUCAGGUGUCCCCAGAAAGGAAACUCAAGCUACUGGUUGACUCGAGAGCACCUACUAUGUGCUGGGUUCUUUGGCAUGCAUGCUUCAACAAGUUCUGCUUGGCUGGGUCCAUGGGAGAAGGAACCCUGAGGUCUGAAAUGGGUGCUGAGGGCUGGAAAGUCCUGGCAUCCAGUCUUGCGGGUUCUGCCUCAGAAACUGGAGGGCCAUCUCUCAAUUAUGACAUGUUCAUCUAGUUGGAUAUCCAACAAUAAUUUUCUUUAGGUGUAUAUUAAUAUUGAUAAUUUCAGUAGAUUUUUAGGAUAGCUUCUGGCUGCUGUUUUUGUUUGUUUUUGAGACAGUCACUGUAGCCCUGGCUGGCCUGGAAUUCACCAUGUAGACCAAGCUGGCCUCACACUCACAGUGAUCCACUGCCUCUGCCUCCUGAGUGCUGGGAUUAAAGGUCUGCGCUACAAUGACUGACUUUAAAAAAAAAAAAAAUAGGUCUCAUGUAGCCCAAGCUGACCUCAAACUCACUGUGGAAACUGAAAGAGAGUGACCUUCAACUUCUGAUCCUCCUGCCUCCAACUCAUGUGUACCAAGUCCUGACAAGAUGGAACCCCAAGCCUGUGCAUGCUAGGCAAGCACUUGUCCAACUGAGCUGCAUCCCCAGCCCCCUGGUUUUUUGUUGUCUCAAGCUAUAGUCCAACCUGACCUGGAACUCAAAUACCAUGUUCAAAGAAACAUGAUAUAGUAGCCAAUAUACACUACACACUUGUGGAAACAGGCUAGAGCAGGGCAUCCAAGGUUUUUUGCCUUUAAGUUCCCAGGAACACGCUCCUCACAGCCCUGUUCCCAGAUGCAGCUUCAAUAUCACAGUUGCCAAUGCACUGUCAGUCACAGGAGGGAGCCGGGCGGGCAUGGUGGUGCACGCCUUUAAUCCCAGCACUCUGGAGGCAGAGGCAGGCAGAUUUCUGAGUUUGAGGCCAGCCUGGUCUACAGAGUGAGUUCUAGGACAGCCAGGGCUACACAGAGAAACCCUGUCUCUGGAAACCAAAACAAACAACAACAACAAAAACAGUUACAGGAGGAAAAGGGGAAAUGCCAAGGCUUUCUGGAAACUUCCCAUGAUGUCUGCCUUCACAUCUUGUCCUGUAUGGGUAUUUGGCCACACCUAGCUGCAAACCACACUGGGAAGGUAUGGAUGUUGUGUGCAGUGCAACACAGUAUAAACUUGGGGUCUAGUUACCAUGGAAGGAGAGAUUCGAUAGUAUGGUACAAAAUUAGCAAGCAGUCUUCCCUCUACUGUGAGAGAAGCCUGCUUUCAAACUAUUGCUAAGUGAAAAUGCAGGUUAUUCUUCUUUGUUGUUCUGGCCAUCAAAUUUAUGGCUUUAAGGUUACUACUGCUGUGAUAAAACACCUUGUGGAGGAAAGAGUUUAUUGGCUUACAUUUCCACCUCACAGGAAGGCAGGGCAGAAACUCAAACAGGGCAGGAACAUGGAGGCAGGAGCUGAUGCAGAGGUCGUGGAGGGGUGCUGCUUACUGCCUUGCUCCUUGUGGUUUGCUCAGCUUGUCUUACAGAAGCCAGGACCACCAUCUUGGGAAUGGUCCCACCAUAGUGGGCUUGACCCCUCUCUCCAUUAAUCACUAUUUAAGAAAAUGCCCUACAGACUUGCAUGCAGACUCAUCUUAUGGAGGCAUUUCUUUAUUACAGUUCCCACCUCUCAGACGACUGUGUCAAGUUUACAUAAAACUAACCAAGCUACAUCCUUAUCCCCUUGUUCUAGCUUUAAACCAAACAUUUCCCCCCAGAUAUUUGGAUAUACACAUAACUGGCCAUGGUUGGGUCUUGGAAUUACAGGUGGGUUCUUUUCAACUUCAUUUCCGUUUACUGAAAUUUCUAAACCAAAUAAAGCUGAAUUUCUUA